AUGCCUGUGAAGGGACUAUUGAAGGGCAAAACCGCACUCAUUACGGGCGGCACAACUGGCAUCGGUCGCGCCAUAUGCCUGCGAUUUUUACAGCAAGGGGCGGAUGUGCUUGUCAAUCAUCUUGGAUUGGAAUCGGAUCGGUUUCACUUGGAUUCGCUGAUAGCAGAAGCCGAAAGUCUGCGACAACAAGACUCACAAUCCGGUUUACUUGCACACCAGGCUGGCGAUGUGCGGCAUCAGGAGACUGCAACCCAGCUGGUGGCUGCCGCAAUUCAACACUCCCGCAACGGACGGCUGGAUAUAUGCGUCAGCAAUGCAGGUGUAUGCACGUUCGCCGACUUCCUGACCCUCUCCCCCGAUCUUUUCGAAGUGACGGCAAGGACAAACCUAGACGGAGCAUUCUACGUUACCCAAGCCGCGGCUCGACAGAUGGCGCUUCAUCAGCAGCCGUCGGGAGGCAGCAUCAUUGGCAUGUCUUCCAUAUCCGCGCUGGUUGGCGGAGGCCUGCAGACUCACUACACUCCCACGAAAGCCGGCGUCACUAGCCUGAUGCAGAGCACGGCUGUGGCCCUGGGGAAGUACGGUAUUCGGUGCAAUGCGCUGCUGCCGGGGACGAUUCGCACGCAGCUGAACGAGAAGGAUCUUGCGGAUGACGCCAAGAGGGAGUACAUGGAAGGACGGAUUCCUCUGGGCCGCACCGGGGUCCCAAACGACAUGGCAGGGCCGGCCGUAUUUCUAGCUUGCGACGAGUUGAGUGGCUAUGUGACGGGAGCGCAAUUACUUGUUGACGGCGGUCUUUAUGUAAACCUGCAGUGA